AUGCCCAAAGAAAAGAAACCUAAAAAACCGAAAAAAGCUGUCCCGGAGAUACAGCCAGUCGAUGGAUUAAGUGCAGUGGAUCGUCAAUUUUACGAAAUCACCAUCAACGAUCUGAACCAAAAGUUGGCCCGCCUGCGAACGCACAACGUGAAGAUAGAGGAGCGCAAUGAGGAGCUCGAAAGUCGGCUCAAACAAAUCGAGGAAGACCGUGCAGAUGUUACGGCCUAUUUGGACCGGACGCUGCAGGAAAAGGUGGGCACGAUUGUGGAGCUGGAGGAUAAGCUGAGCGAACUGUCGAAGGUACGUGAUCAGGAGAAUGAAGAGUGCCGGAAGCAGAUUAACGCUCUCGAUGGGAAGUAUAAGGCGAUGCAUGAGCAGCUCACGUCCGAGAUAAAGCUACUAACCGGCAAGCUUAACUCGAUGGAAGAGUUCCGGCUGCAGCGUGACGAGCUGAUGGCCAAGUUCGAUGCACAGGACAGUGAGCUGAAGGAACAGAACAAGCGGCACAAGUCAACUCUCUACGAGAUGGAGCGUAAGGUCAUCCUGGACAAGGACCGUCUUCGGAAGGAUGUGGAGAACAAGCUACUCCAGCUAUCGACCGAGUUUACCAAAUCGUCCGAAAUUCGGGUGGCCGCCCACACGCAACGCUUGGUGCGAGAAAACAUCGCGCUUAACAACGAGAUGGAUCGUAUGAUCUACACGCAGGAACGUAUGCAGAAACAAUUCACCGAACUGCGCAAACAGAACACGGAGCUGCGAAACCAGGCCGAGAUAGAUCUGGUAGAGAAGCAGCGAUUGAUGCAGACCUGCCAAGAGCGACUCGAAACGAUCAAGCAGCUAACGGAUCAGUUUGAAACUGUGCUGCAUAAGAAUGGUGAACUGAAUGCGUUCCGAGUGCGAGCUGAAGAACUGGAGACGGAAAACAAAUCCACCCGGAAGGAUUACAAUCAGUUGCGACAGAAGGUGCGUGUACUGGAGCAGUACAUCCACUACAUCAACACCGAUCGGCAGGGAUUGCGAACGGAGUCGGAUCAUCAUCGGAGAGAGUUUGAACGCAUCUCGGACAUACUGAAGACGGUUCGGUACACCGUUCGGUCAGCUUUUAAGGGCGAAGAGGAAGACUCCGAUCUACCUUAUCAGGAGAUUAAGCGCAAGCGCCUUAUUGCCGAUCUGCUCAACACGCUGAACGAGCUGGAGAUGCAAUCGAAGGCGGACCAGUCGGUUGAGACGAUCGUUGCCUCACUGACGGAUGUGUACGAUCAGGGUGAUCUGGGCGUUAUUCCACGAGAAUCGAUGGACACCAUUCUGAAGAAAACGCUUGGAUGUGAGGAAGUGAGCGAAUCGGCUAUUAUCAGCUCCAGCGCGACAGCGUCAUCGGUUGGCGAAGGAGAUCGGAUGGAAGGCGCCAGUAAAACAACGCUUGUUGGGGCUAGUGAGGACGAGACAGCUAUUAUUGAUGUUGUAAGCGGUUCGCGGCUCGUGUUUCUUGGAUCGAACGAAUCGCUCGAGGAGGAACCGGAAGGUGAAGGUGAAGAAGGCGCUAGUGAGGAGGAAGAGGAGGGUGACGGUGAAGAGGAGGAAGAGGGAGGUGGCCAGGAGAGGAUGAAGAAAGACGAGGAGGAGGAUGAUGGAGAGUUUGGAGAUGACGAGGAAAGCCAGCAGCAGCCUGGUUCGGUUAUGGAUGGUGGCGAUAAGGAUGAUAUCAUUGUUGACGCUCCGGAGUCGAUUGAGGACGAAACGAUCGAGUUUGCUGGUUCCAAGAGUGAUUCGGAUUGAGAAU